GAAGAUGAAGAUGAAGAUGAAGAUGAAGAUGAAGAUGAAGAUGAAGAUGAAGAUGAAGAUGAAGAUGACGAAAAACAAGAUGGGUUUGGGAGACCCAAGUUGGAUUCUUUCCAGUUUGAUCACACGGGACCUUUUGAACCACUGGUUUUGUCUUUGCCUGGCGAAACACCACUGAUUCAGGUUCCUGCAUCUAUAAAUUGUAGGCUUUUGGAGCAUCAACGAACAGGAGUGCAGUUUUUGUAUAACUUGUUCAAGAACAACCAUGGAGGCAUUCUGGGAGAUGAUAUGGGACUGGGAAAGACCAUUCAAACAAUUGCUUUCCUGGCAGCUGUGUUUGGAAAAGAUGGAGACUUUGGUGACUCCACAUCUCUAACUGGAAAUCAGGUUGGGAAGAAGGGCCCUGUACUAAUAGUUUGUCCUUCUUCUGUUAUUCAAAAUUGGGAGAAUGAAUUCUCUAAGUGGUCAACAUUUAGUGUUUCUAUUUACCAUGGUCCAAACCGUGACCUGAUUCUUGAGAAAGUAGAAGCACAUGGAGUUGAGAUACUUAUUACCAGUUUUGAUACAUAUAGAAUUCAUGGCACCAUUUUGUCAGAGGUUAAAUGGGAGAUUAUAAUCGUUGAUGAGGCACACCGGCUUAAAAAUGAGAAAUCAAAACUCUACAUAGCAUGUUUAGAAAUUAGAACACGGAAGCGAUAUGGUCUCACAGGAACCAUAAUGCAGAAUAAAAUUAUGGAACUAUUCAAUCUCUUUGACUGGGUUGUACCUGGGUGCUUGGGAACACGAGAACAUUUUCGGGAGUUCUAUGAUGAACCCCUCAAGCAUGGCCAGAGGGCAACUGCUCCUGAAAGAUUUGUCCGGGUUGCUGAUAAGCGAAAACAGCACCUAGUAGCAGUUUUGCGUAAAUAUCUGUUAAGAAGGACUAAAGAGGAGACCAUUGGACAUCUUAUGAUGGGCAAGGAAGAUAAUGUUGUAUUUUGUGCCAUGAGCGAGUUGCAAAAACGAGUUUAUACAAGGAUGUUACAGUUACCUGAUGUCCAAUGCCUUAUAAAUAAGGACCUCCCGUGUAGCUGCGGAAGCCCCCUUACCCAAGUAGAAUGUUGCAAAAGGAUUGUUCCUGAUGGAAUCAUCUGGCGUUAUCUUCACAGGGACAACCCUGACGGUUGUGACUCAUGCCCUUUUUGUAUGGUUCUUCCUUGCCUUGUCAAGCUUCAACAGAUAAGCAAUCACCUGGAAUUAAUUAAACCCAAUCCCAGGGAUGACCCAUAUAAACAAAGGAAAGAUGCAGAGUUUGCGUCUGCGGUUUUUGGUACCGAUAUCGAUUUGGUGGGAGGCUACACUCAAAAUGACAGUUUUAUGGGCCUGAGUGAUGUUAAACACUGUGGAAAAAUGAGAGCAUUGGAGAAAUUGAUGUUGUCAUGGAUUUCAAAGGGUGACAAGAUUCUUCUCUUCAGUUACUCUGUCAGGAUGCUAGACAUACUGGAAAAGUUUCUUAUACGCAAAGGCUAUUGCUUCUCAAGACUUGAUGGUUCCACUCCGACUGGCUUACGUCAAUCUCUUGUUGAUGAUUUCAAUUCAAGUCCAAGCAAACAGGUGUUCCUAAUAUCAACUCGAGCUGGUGGGCUUGGAUUGAAUCUUGUCAGUGCUAAUCGUGUGGUAAUAUUUGAUCCAAACUGGAACCCAGCGCAAGACUUACAGGCCCAGGACAGGUCAUUUCGCUAUGGACAGAAGCAACAUGUCGUGGUUUUCCGCCUUCUUGCAGCUGGAUCUCUUGAGGAACUUGUUUAUAGCCGCCAGGUGUACAAGCAGCAACUAUCAAAUAUUGCUGUUUCUGGAAGAAUGGAGAAACGAUAUUUUGAAGGUGUCCAGGAUUGCAAGGAAUUUCAAGGAGAACUUUUUGGAAUCUGCAAUCUAUUUCGUGAUCUGUCUGACAAGCUUUUUACUAGUGAGAUCAUAGAAUUACAUGAAAAGCAAGGACAGGAUGAUGGAUAUUGUCCUGGUAGAAAACAGGAUUUAGGCAAACUUGGGAUGUAUUUUGUCCCUUCAACAGAAGCAAAUGAAACUUCAGUUACUGCUGAAACUAGUAAAGCAAAAGAUGUGGAGAGUUCUUUGACAGCUAAGCCAGUGCUAUCAGACCUAGGCAUUGUGUAUGCUCAUCGUAAUGAAGAUAUUGUCAACACCGGACCUGGGAUACAAGGGAAGCAACAAGUGGGUGUGACCCAAAAUGAUGGCCUCAAAAAGAACUCAUGCAUUCUCACCACAGGAAGAAGAAAAUCAGAUCUAGUAGGUGGGAAAGAAAAUGCUGCUUCGUCAAAGUUGAGAAAAAAGAGCCAAUAUAGCAUUCUUGCACAGUUCAUGAACAUGGGAGACGUUGAGUUCAGCAAAUGGCUGCUGUCUGCAACUCCUGCUGAGCGGGAAAAAGUGCUUCGAGACUACAAGGAGAGAAAGGAUUAGAUACCCGGUGGUUGAAGAAGAAUAUUCCCUUCCUCUUGUUCAUAUAUACAUAGGUUUAACUCUUAAAAUGUACAUUAUUACAUAUUAGUGGAUGAAAUUAUAGGCUUGCAUAUUUUUCCUGAUUUUAGCACAACUGGUAUUAUAGUAGAUGCCUGUUUGCCUUGGCCUUU